AUGGGACCCAAGCUCUGCUGGGCCAAUACAGUGAUGGUGGUGAGAGCACAAAACGGCUUCGAGGGACGUGCACCAGAAGCCUCAGCAGGGUUCAAAGCAAGCGCUUAUGUCUACGCCGGCGACUAUAAGCCAGAACACGAUCCAUGGAUAGCUGAGAAGAUUUGA